AAGUUGCUACCCUGGGUGUGGGGGGGAAUAGGGAAAAGAAGGACUGGCUUUAGGAGGUGGGCUGGAAACUACAAAACCGAGCUUCUUGGGAAUGCCUGUUAGUCUAACAGGAAGUGAAGCGUCACCGAAAGGGAGGGGCGGCCACUCGGGGACUGUGCCCCGCUCCAGGCGCUCACUUUGCGGGCGGCGCUUUUUCCAGGUUGUUAAUCCAGCGCGUGAGGAGAGGUAGGUGCAGGCUGCUCGGCUUAGGAAAGAACGAAAAUGAGCGAGCGAGACGGCCCUUCCGUUUUAUGAUAACCACGCUGCAAGCAAAUAAAUUGACUAGCCCCACUGCAAUCUCUUGCACUCAAGUGCCAAGAGAGCCUGUUCCUAUCAUUCACUGAAGCCACAAGGAAAAUUUUUUAAAAAUUAAACUUUAACGUAAUGAGAUUUGAAACCUGGAUCUCUGAGGUAUUGUGUAACAUGAAGGGAGAAGAACUUUGACGACUUUCGACUUCCGUUGCUGUUGCUAAGCUCUGUGAAGGCAGAAACUGGGUCUGCCUGCCCAGUACCAGCCCAGUGCCUGAUGGUGCUGGGCACUUGUUCUGCAUAUGAUUUUAUUUGGAAAUAAGUUAGCUGCUACCAAAAUGUGUUGCCACAUCUGUAAACUUCCUGGGAGAGUAAUGGGGAUCCGAGUGCUUCGUUUCUCUCUGGUGGUCAUCCUCGUGUUACUCCUGGUAGCUGGCGCUUUGACUACUUUACUUCCUAAUAUCAAAGAAGACAAGAUGCUCAUGUUGCGUAGAGACAUAAAAUCCCAGGGCAAGUCCACCCUGGAUUCCUUUACCCUCAUAAUGCAGACGUAUAACAGAACAGAUCUCUUAUUGAGACUUUUAAAUCACUAUCAAGCAGUACCACAUCUGCACAAAGUGAUCGUGGUGUGGAACAAUAUUGGGGAGAAGGGACCAGAUGAGUUAUGGAAUUCUCUGGGGCCUCACCCUAUCCCUGUGAUCUUCAAACAACAGACAGCAAACAGAAUGAGAAAUCGACUCCAGGUCUUCCCUGAACUGGAAACCAAUGCGGUAUUAAUGGUAGACGAUGACACACUCAUUAGUGCCCAGGACCUUGUUUUUGCCUUCUCAGUUUGGCAGCAAUUUCCUGAUCAAAUUGUAGGAUUUGUUCCUAGAAAACAUGUCUCUACUUCAUCAGGCAUCUACAGUUAUGGAGGUUUUGAACUACAAACACCAGGUUUUGGAAAUGGUGACCAGUACUCUAUGGUUCUGAUUGGAGCCUCAUUCUUCAGUAGCAAAUAUCUUGAACUUUUUCAGAGGCAACCUGCAGCGGUCCAUGCUUUGAUAGAUGAAACUCAAAACUGUGAUGAUAUUGCCAUGAAUUUUAUCAUUGCUAAGCAUAUCGGGAAGACUUCAGGGAUAUUUGUGAAACCUGUAAACAUGGGCAAUUUGGAAAAAGAAAGCAACAGUGGCUAUUCUGGAAUGUGGCAUCGAGCUGAGCACUUUCUGCAGAGGUCUUAUUGUAUAAAUAAGCUUGUUAAUAUCUAUGAUAGCAUGCCCUUAAAAUACUCCAAUAUUAUGAUUUCCCAGUUUGGUUUUCCAUAUGCCAACCACAAAAGUAAAAUGUAAAAGUAAAGCCAACAAAAACAAACCUGAAAACUGCUUGGUAUUCGAGUAGCUUCUCCAUGCUAUGUAUUUUUUUUUUUUUUUUUAAGCAACGUCAUGAACUUUUAUCUACUCCAGAAGUCUCUACAGUAGAAAAUAAAGUACUGUGCAUCUGGGAUAUAAAAUUCACAAUAACUUCACAAACCAGGAAGCCAAUCUUAUCCAGAUAAGAUUGAUAAGAAAACACCUUCUUACUGGGCAUUUUCAUUCAUGGAUAAUAAUAACUUCUCGGUCAGCAAUUUUAUUGUUUACAUUCUGAGACUGUUCUACGAUUUCUUUGACUCCAGGCAUUUGCCUUAAGGACCUACAGCCAGCUUUUCCAGGAUCAGAAACUCAAGAGAGGCAUUUCGUGACUUUUCCACUAAAGGUUGAUUGUUCUAAUUUGAAACCUGAAAUGCCUCUUUAGCAAAAGCCUGUGUUGUAGGGAGAAGCCAUGUGAAAAUAGUUUCAGUCCCAUCUGAAAACAAGAGGGAUAUUUGCAGCUACCAGUGCUUCGUUUGUGGCCCUUCCAAACAACUCUUCCAAGACUUAAUAGCCCAGCAUGGUUCUGAUAAAACUGUCAGUGCUUUUAUUUUUGUUGAUUAGUCUGUUGUGACUGGUAGGGUUAAUUUUAGUAGCUGGAGGAUGUCUAGUUGUUUGCUUGAUUUUUGUGAACACUUACUGCAUGAAGCACAAAACAAUGCAGCCUGUGUUUCUUUUAUGCAGCUUAUAUGCAGCAAGGAGUGUGUUACUAGAUUCAGGUAGUGCACUUUGUCACUGAAUCUGACCUUGAGAAUGUACAUUAAUUCUUAUAUUUUACAUAAAGUAUGUGUUAUUUAAGAAACAUGUAUAUAAAAACUUCUGAAAAAGUAAGUAACUGGCAGAAGUUAAAACCCUUAGUAUCAAAAGAUCUUUAUUGUUAGAGCAUAGAUUAAUUAUCUCAUGGAUACUAAAAAGUUGUGUGUAUUACACACAAUGCCAAACACUUGCAUUCAGAAGCUUUUUUUCCCCAAAAAACAUCCCAGGUACUAUUCAUCAUGAUAAAAUUUAAAAUACAUAGAUACAAUAAAAAAUAAGAACCAAAUCAUAGCAGAGGAAUUCUAUAGGGAGUCUGCAUCAGUUAUUUGUUUAGGUUGCCUGUUCUCUGUUAUCUGAGUUAGUAUAUGUGUUCCACCCAUUGUCUGUGUUUAGUCCUUGUUCACUGCUUGUGGCAAGGACUUCUUAAUUAGGCCUCUAUCUACCACCUUUUCUUCCUUCUCCUUCUCCUCUUUCUUCUUACAUAAUGUCAGUAUAUUCUCAUAAUUGCAAAGCUGUGAGGAUAUUAAAAUAACCAUGUUUAAUAUUCCAGUAAUGAGGUCUUUGUGCAGUUAAUUCAGUAUAUGUUGUUUCUUCACAUUGGAUUGUGUAUGUGUCUUAAUGCAGUCAGAUUGAAAAAAAACUACAAAAGAACUUGUAACCUCACCAAAAAUCAGUAAUGUCAAUUAUCUGCUUUGUCCAACAUUGGUAGUAGUUUUUUGCCUUUUGGGACUCCACUAAUAGAAUAAACUUUUACUAUCCAUGUGUUCUAUGUUAA